ACAGGUAUGAGGUAAGGCUGCUGGGUGUCAAGUUGUCAACCACCCCAGGGCGCCGUGGAAGAACAGAUCACAGCUUGCAGCGCAUUCGUCUAUUUUGAUUCUGGACCCAUUGCCUUGUCGACAGCUGAUCCAGUCCCUUUAGAUUUAUGAUUUGUUGCGUUAUUUUAAGAAUUACCAGUUAUGACUUCCACGUGUUAGAAUUAGACUAAACCUACAAUGUCGUUUUUGUUCAAUUUCCCUUCUCCUGACGAGGAUACAUCCACGGCGUCGCAGCCGUUCACAUUCAGUUUCUCUCCAAUCCCCAACUCGGCAAGCAGUUCGGCAGACGAAGUACCUGCCGCGGAGAAAGAUACGCCUGCCCCAAGUUCUCAGGCAGCACAUGCUCCGACGAAGGAGCAUGUUUUUCAGUGUACCAUUGAAUCUGCACCAUCGGAAAACCCCGAUGAUAAAUCUGCAGAAAACAAAUGGAAUAACUUUGCCAUGGACAAUGUGGGCCUGUUUUUUCUGUGCCCACAGUGGAUCGAUCGGAAUAUCCUCGCCACUUCUCUGCCAAAUCUCCUGGGAUCGCAGCCGUCGCAAAACGGUGAUGUGGUGAAAUCCGAUAUUGUUCCCAAAGUGUACGAAGGAGGAUUUCGUGUAUGGGAUGGUGCUUGUGAUUUACUGGUGUAUUUGAUUUCGGAAUCUCCUGUUGAUUUUCAAGGCAAGAAAGUAUUAGAGUUGGGCUGUGGUGCUGGUUUACCGGGAAUCUAUGCUUUGACCAAAGGCGCCACGGUGCAUUUCCAUGAUUAUAACGCCGACGUUAUAGAGUGUGCAACGCUACCGAACAUUCUGAAAAAUCUCAAGCCGAUUGCUGAUGGCGUGGACGAGUCCCGCGUACGGCUGUUCAGCGGAGACUGGUUGUCGUUUGUGCGUUUCCUUCGUGUGGAAAAAUUGGAUGACGAUCCCCUCGCGGAGGACAAUAGAUAUGAUGUUAUUCUGACUGGUGACACCGUGUAUCGCCAAGAUGUCCUAUCCAGCUUGGCGUUCGCUUUGCCGCGAUUGCUCCGGAAGGAAGGAACAGUAUAUUUGGCUGGAAAAUCCAUAUAUUUUGGCCUGAACGGUGGGACAGAGGAAUUUCGACAAGAAAUUACCAAAGAAAACCUGAUCGAAUGUGUUGACUCUAAAGUCUACCCAGAUUGUGUGCAGCGAGAAGUUCUGAAUCCAAUUGAGUUGAUAGCGAACGAUCAAGUGACUAGAUCAGUUGCCGUCUUGAAUGCACGACACACCGGAAGCAGUGGAUUGUAAGAUCAAAUGCAAGCCGGUAAUCACGACGUCGGCGUCCAUCGCCGACCGGGAAGCAAUUUUUUAAUUGCUCUCUAACGACGACCGAAGACAGCCGGCGUCAAUCAUGCUGCCAUACCGACGGCUAAUUAUUUGUUGAUCAUAUGCA